GAGCCCCGCCCGGGCCCGUCCCGGCGAGGGGCGCACGGAGACCUCCGCGGGCUGCGCCGUCUCCAUCGGCGCCUUCCGGUGCCCGCGCGCCCGCGCCUCGCCCGCUCCGCUCUUCCCCGCUUUUCCCACGCCGCGUCCCAGGUCUCCGGGCAGCUCGGCUCUCGGGUCAGCGGGGGCGGGGCCACGGCGCCCCCUGGCGGGCGCGGGGACACCACAGCUGCAGGUGCUGCGCGCACUGACCGAGCCCCAGUCGGGAGCGAGAUGCUGCAGGCCGGAGAGCUUGCCCGGGACCUGCCCGGCGCCGGCCAAGUCCACACGGGGACCACCAUCAUGGCGGUGGAGUUUGACGGAGGCGUCGUGCUGGGUUCUGACUCCCGGGUAUCUGCGGGGCAGGCCGUGGUGAACCGAGUGUUUGACAAGCUGUCUCCGCUACACAAGCACAUCUACUGCGCCCUCUCUGGGUCAGCCGCUGACGCCCAGGCCAUGGUUGACUUGGCUGCCUACCAGCUGGAGCUGCAUGGGAUGGAGCUGGAAGAGUCACCCCUUGUUCUGGCUGCAGCCAACGUGGUGAAGAACGUUUCCUACAAAUACCGGGAGGAGUUGUCAGCCCAUCUCAUUGUAGCUGGCUGGGACCAACGUGCAGGGGGCCAGGUCUACGGGACCAUAGGAGGGAUGCUGACCCGACAGCCCUUCAUCAUCGGGGGCUCCGGCAGCACCUACAUCCACGGUUACGUGGACGCGGCGUACAAACCAGGCAUGUCCCCCGAGGAGUGCAGGCGCUUCACCACGGAUGCUAUUGCUCUGGCCAUGAACCGGGAUUGCUCCAGCGGGGGUGUCAUCUAUCUGGUCACUAUUACGGCUGCUGGUGUGGACCAUCGAGUAAUCUUGGGGAACGAGCUGCCCAAAUUCUAUGACGAGUGACUCUUUCUCCACCUUUCCUUCCUGUUUGUAAUAAACUCGCUGGGACAAGAA